AUGCCGUCCAAAACUUCGAAAUACGUAUAUCACGGACAUAGCAAAAUAAUUUCUGGUGUUAUUACAGUUUUGGAAACUACCAAUAAACCACUCUCUUUACAAGAGUUAGUCGAUGAAAUGACUAGACGACAAUUAGUGGUUUUUCAUGGUGCAACACCUAGAAAUACUGUCAGUGGAGAAAUCAGCAAGCUUCUUAAUGCAGUAGGUCCCAACAAUGCGCCCAUCCUAAAAGUAAACCAAGGAAAACUUACCAAUAAACAAGUAUCAAGUGUAUCAAGUGGAAAGAUUCAAAAAAGACAUUCUACUCGAUCUACACGCAAUAAUCAUUGUUCUCAGAUGACAACCACGACAACCACGACAACCACGAGUUCAACGGACAUCCAAAAUCAAAAGGAGCGCGUUCAUGAACAAAAGAAAUGUCGUCAAAUAAUAGAGGAUCUCAAAGCUGCUUAUUUGCUAUCUUGUCUUUCGGCGCAUUCAUUCUGGCUAAAUUUCAAAAAUGAACCAGAAAAGGACUUUAAAUAUUUCUUGGAAGCUCAUAUUGAUGAAAUUUCGGACGGUACUGUAGAAAGUGAUAUUGAUCUUACCAAUGUAUCGAUGGAAAUUGAUUCUUGUACGGCAAAUUAUUAA